AGUUUGAGUUUGAAAACGAUUUUCGUUUCAAACCAUUUGUCUUGUUUUCUUAAAUCAGUUCUUACCCUAAUGAUCUUUGAUUUCUUCCUCACUUUAUCUUCCUCGCUUAAUCUUACAUGAUUUCUUUCAUGUUUACAGAGACAUAAUGGGACAAGAUUAUUUGUAUACACAGCCUUCUUCUUCAGCAGAGUCGCUUGACAUGACGUACCUUCUUGAAGCAGAAUGUGAACUGUACAAGGAUGAAGAUGACAGUAGGAUCUUGCAUCAAGUGUAUGGAGACGAAGCUGAUGAUGGAAUGCCUUCGACAUGCUACUGUGGUUCUGAUGCAGUGGUUGCAACAUCUUACACGCGUAAAGAUCCAGGGCGCUUGUAUCUGACGUGCGAGAAUGUAAACGAUGGGGACUGCCACAUCUGGAAGUGGUGGGAUGUAGCUGUUACAGAGGAGCUCAGAGACGUUCAGACACAGCUUAGGCUGGUGAAGGAGCAAGCAUUUGAGUGUGACCAGAAGCUGAUGAAGCUACAAAAGGUGGUGUGUGAGUUAUCUAAGAAGAAUGCAGUGCUUAGAAAUGGCUUUGCGUUGCGCGUCUGUGUAAUGGUCGCUGCACUACUCUUGGUUGGUUUGGCGGUGAUGUUUCAGUCUGGAAGAGCUUCGAAGAAUUAAACCAGAGCCCCUUCCGUGUCUGUAUAAUUAAGGUACUACAGCUACGUCUCUCUGUUUCAUCCUAGUGUAUUUUGUUAGUCUAAUACUCCCUCUGUUUUUAAAAGAUGCAUAUUCUAGAUUUUUCACAUAUAUUAAGAAAAUUCAUUAAAUAUGCAUUGUUUUUUGUGAAUAACAAUUUUCCAUAACUUUAAGCCAAUAGAAUUUCAAUAAACACCAUUAAUUUUUUUGAAACUUACAAUUUUUCAUAAAAUCAUACAUUGAAAAAGUAAAAAAUGUAUCUUUUUAAAACAAUUUUUUUUUCCAGAACAUACAUUUUUUAGGAACGGAGGGAGUAAUAAAUAUAACUUCAAAAAUAGUAGUACUCUGUCGGAGCAAUUGUGAAUGUAAUUAACUUUUUAAAAAUAUUAGCUUGGUUAAAUGCUAGUUAUAGUUUGAUUGGUUAAAUUCUAGUUAUAGUUAGCUUGCUUAAAUGCUAGUUUGCUUUUUACCUUCCUACCGCCAAGGAUUUGAUUGUUUUAAAUGUUUUAGAGGUGUUAUUAGUCUGAUUUGAUUGGUGUUGAAUGCAAGUACUUUGCUUUCCACCUUCCUAACUGCUCGGUUGAAAUGUAUCUUAGGUUAAAGGUCGCCUACUUAAGGCUAUGUGUUGCUAUUAGAGCGACACAGAACAUUCUCAAAACCAUGGAUCCUAAAACUAGUUAUAUAAACCUCUUGUUUAGUCAAUCUCAGACUACAGUGGACCUUGAUUCACCCGAACCUUUUUGGUUGGGUAGCCAAGGUCCUAAUGAGUCAGUUGUCGAGUCUGGUGGCGACCCUAAGGAGAGGAGGAAAUGGUCUCCGAAGGAGGAUAAAAUCCUUAUUGGUGCUUGGCUUAACACCAGUAAGGAUGCUGUCGUAAGUAAUGACCAGAGGGCUGGUGCAUUCUGGAAGCGCAUUGUCGACUACUACAACGCAAGUCCGCAAUUGGCUGGGACAAUACCGAGAGAGGUUUGUUCCUGCAAGAAGCGUUGGGGUAGGAUCAACACUGAUGUAUCCAAGUUUGCUGGAUGCUAUGACGCCGCUCUGAGGGAGCAGAGGAGUGGCCAAAAAGAUGAUGAUGUGAUGAAAGCCGCCAUAGACAUUUUCUUCAAAACUAACGACUACAAGUUCAGCAUGGAUCACUGCUGGAGGGAGCUGAGGCAUGACCAGAAAUGGUGCUCCACCUAUGGGCCUAAAGAAUGUGGAAAGGAAAAGCGCAAAGGAGACGUGGAGGCUGAUGGAGGAAAUGAAGCAGAGGGCAGACCUAUUGGGGUCAAGGCUGCUAAAGCUGCAUCUAAGAAGAAGAAGAGUGGUAAAGAAGAGUCUUUGGCAAAGAUACACGCAAUCAUGAGGUUAUGUCUUUGUUUCUUCCCAUAGUUAGCUAUCUCGUUUCUAUUGCUAGGACUUACCUAUCUCGUUGAUUGAGUUGUGAGCUAUUUCGUUUCUUUAUGUCGUUGAUUGUGAGUAAUUACAUGUCGUUGGUUCUGAGUAGUUACAUCUUGUUGGUAUUUCACAUGUGUUUCUUUCCACUUCAACACUAACAACUCUGGUGUUUCUUUUCAGGUUCAGCAGUAGUCAGGUCCAGCAGUAGUCACGGGUUGUGAAGAUGGUCACGGGUUGUGAAGAUGGUCACAGGUUGUGAAGUUGUCUAAAGUCACGGGCCCUUCUUUUAUCUAGUUUCUGUAGUAUAAAGUAGUAGUCUCUUUGUUGUUGGUAUGUAUCUCGUUCUCCUACUCUCCUCAUCAUCAAACAUCUUUUGUAAUAUUUGUCCACCUACUUCUUGUAAUAUUUGGAGGAAAGACCUUGCUGCUGUAAUAUUCGACUUGCUUCUGGAAACAUCUUCUGUAAUAUUCGACUUGAUCAGUUUAUCUUUUGGUAACAUUUCAAAUUCUAUUUACUUACUUCUCUUUAUAAUUUUGUCCGUUUAACAUUUUAUUAGCCGGUUUGAUAACAGACGUUGCUUCUCUUUAUAAUGAGAAAUACAUAAAUAGGUUUCAUAACCUCUUAACAUAUACUCAAACUUGACAUAUACAUAAAUAGGUUUGGCAUUUGUUUAUCCUUAUCUAGUGAACAAACUUGAUGUUUAUUCAUGUGUUGUAAAGAUAGAUGUAGCUUUUAUAAAGUUGCUAUUUUGUCUAAAAUUGUUACAUUUUUAGAAGUGUAUUAAAUUUUCAUAAUUCAAAUGUUUUUUUAAAAAUAGCAGUUGUUGUUGAUUUUAGAUUAACUUAUUGAAUGUUUUUAGAUAUGUCGUCAUCUUCAUCUGAUGAAGUGGAGGAAAGACUGGAAGAAAUUUUGGAGGAAUACACAGAAUAUAUAUUUAACGAGAUUGUGGAGGAUCAAACCAUCCCGCAAAGGAGACGUACUUAUAGAAAACGACACUGUGAAGGAGGACACACGCGCUUAUGGAAUGACUACUUCAGCGAAGAUGCGACAUUCUCGUCUGAUCAAUUUAGACGCCGUUUCCGCAUGAAUAAAGAAUUAUUUUUGCGUCUUGUUCAUAGCCUAUCAGAGUGCUUUUCAUUCUUUCAGCAACGAAGAGAUGCAACCGGGAGGCUCGGUCUUUCUGCACUUCAAAAAUGCACGGCAGCAAUUCGUCUGCUUGCUUAUGGUACUGCGGCUGACGCGGUUGACGAAUAUCUCCGACUUGGUGAGACCACCGCACUUUCAUGUUUACAUAAUUUCACUGACGGAAUAAUACAUAUAUUUGGAGAGGAGUAUCUAUGACGAUCCACACCGGAGGAUCUUCAACGACUACUCGAUAUUGGAGAGACACGAGGGUUUCCUGGGAUGGUCGGGAGCAUUGACUGUAUGCAUUGGGAGUGGAAAAAUUGCCCAACUGCUUGGAAAGGACAGUACUCACGUGGAUCAGGAAAACCGACAAUUGUCUUAGAGGCUGUAGCUUCACACGAUCUUUGGAUAUGGCACGCUUUCUUCGGUCCUCCAGGUACCUUAAACGAUAUUAAUGUCCUCGAUCGCUCUCCUGUUUUUGAUGACAUUUUACAAGGUAAAGCUCCGAGGGUAAAGUACAUGGUCAACGGACACAUGUAUAAGUUGGCGUACUACCUCACAGACGGUAUAUAUCCAAAAUGGUCAACAUUUAUCCAAUCUAUCACUCUCCCUCAAAGUCCUCAGGAACAGUUAUUUGCUAAAUUUCAAGAAGCUACCCGAAAAGAUGUAGAAUGGGCUUUUGGAGUAUUGCAAGCUCGAUUUGCGAUUGUGAGAAACCCGGUAAAAACUUUGGAUAAGGAAAAGAUAAGAAAGAUUAUGAGAGCAUGUAUCAUCCUACACAAUAUGAUAGUCGAAAAUGAACGGGACGGAUACACUUGUAUCGAUAUAUCUGAAUUUGAAGAAGGAGACAGCACUAGAACUUCACAGGUGGAAACGGAGAGACCUACAAAUCUGAAUAAUAUGUUUCCCAAUCGGAAUGAUCUUCGUGAUAGGAAUAUGCAUGCCCAAUUAAAACAUGACUUAAUUCAAAAUGUUUGGAACAAAUUUGGUGAUGAAUAUUAAUAAUUGUUGUAUCUUUAUUUUUAAUUAUUGUGAUUUUAAAUUUAUUCAGGCUAUAUUAUUGAAACAUUUGAUAAUUCACUU